AUGGGUCUGAAUCAGUUUUUGUUUGUUGCCUUGCUUCUUGGUGCUGGAUCAUCUCAGAUGCAGUGGUCAGGACUACAAUCCUUGUUUCAGCCUGGAGUGUCUCAGCCUGGAGUGUCUCAGCCUGGAGUGUCUCAGCCUGGAGUGUCUCACCCUGGAGUGUCUCACCCUGGAGUGUCUCACCCUAACCAGCCUAUGCAAGUAAACUCUGCUGGCAUGCCUACUCAGGUGACCCAAACUGGAAGCUCUGUACAAGCCCCAGCUAGAUUGCCAUUGAUGGCCCCUGUGCAGGGUUCUCUGAAUGUCCGAUCCAGCCAAGUAUUUCAGGGACCAGUGAAGCCAAUGAAUUGGCGUUUUCCAGUAAUGCCAACAAUUACAAGACCAGCACCGGUGCAGUUUGAUAGACCUAUUCUUGCUGCUCCACAAAGUGUAGCUGCAUUGUGUACUGAGAAGGUGGUUUAUGUGGAAGUGAAGAAAGACCUGUUUGGAACUGGUGAACCUGUUGAUGUGGCUGCUCUCUCACUGGGAGGUUGUGGUGCUGUUGGGGAGGAUCCUGCUCUUCAAAUUCUCAUCUUUCAAUCGGAACUGCAGGGCUGUGGCAGCAACGUGAUUGUGACCGAGGAUGAGCUGGUUUACGUCUUUACUCUCAUCUAUGGUAGCACGCUGAGUGGUUCUCCAAUUGUUAGAACUCUAGCUGGUGCAGGUUCCACAGUUUUGAUUGAAUGUCACUACCCAAGGUUCCACAAUGUGAGCAGUAAUCCUCUGAUCCCACUCUGGAUUCCACAUGCUUCUGCCCAUGUUGCUGAGGAACAGCUUGUCUUCUCCUUGAGGCUCAUGAUGGAUGACUGGGUGUCUGAAAGGGCCUCCAACCAGUACUUCCUGGGUGAGUUUAUUAACAUGGAAGCGUCUGUGGUGCAGUUCAACCAUGUUCCUCUUCGUGUGUAUGUGGACAGCUGUGUGGCCACUAUAGUUCCUGAUGUAAAUGCUGUGCCCAGAUAUUUCUUCAUUGACAACCAUGGGUGUUUUGUUGAUGCCAAGCUUACUGGAGGCAAGUCUCACUUUAUUUUCCAAUCUGUUGGAGAAAAACUGGGAUUUCAGCUUGAGGCAUUCCGGUUCCAGCAAACAAACGGCAGCUUGAUCUACUUUACAUGCUUGUUGAAAGCAACUGCAGCAUCGUUCAGUCCUUCAGCUGACACCAAGGCUUGUUCCUUCACUGGCAAUGGGUGGGUUGCUGCUUAUGGUGAUAGCCGAGUGUGUAGCUGUUGUGAUGGCAAUUGCAGUGCUAGAAAAAGGAGAGACCUUUCAGACCAAGGCCUGCAGAUAGAAAGAAGAGUGAGAUUGGGGCCGAUUGUGGUUGAGAAUUACUAG